UUCUAAGCCUUCAGUUGCGCUUGCACAAAGCACAUCAAUGGAUCUCUUCAUAGUCCUGGUGAUUUGUCUUUCUUUUUUGAUUUUCCUUUUUCUAUGGAACCAAAGGUAUGCCAAAGGGAAGCUGCCACCUGGCCCUACCCCUCUCCCCAUCAUUGGGAAUAUUCUACAGAUAAACAUUAAGGAUGUCACCAAAUACAUAAGCAAGCUAGCAGAAGUCUAUGGCCCUGUGUUCACUGUGUAUAUUGGCAUGAAGCCCACCGUGGUGUUAUAUGGAUAUGAAGCAGUGAAGGAAGCUCUGAUUGAUCAGAGUGAGGAGUUCUCUGGCCGAGGCAGUUUACCAAUAGUAGACAGAAUCAACCAGGGAUUAGGUACGCUUCUAUCUCGGGAGUAUGUGGCACAGAACUUAUCAUUAACUGGCUCGACUUUUCUUACAGUGAAUAUGGCCUUCCUCAGCCUCCUGAGUUAUGACCACCCAGGCUCUGCUCCAUCCCACCUAACUGUGGAGACCUCAUACGCUUGGGCAUCUCCGUGUGAUCCAGCUUUCCUUCUGAGCUGUGCUCCCUGCAAUGUGAUCUGCUCUAUUAUCUUCCGGAACCGUUUUGAGUACAGUGAUGAGGAAUUUCUAACUAUGAUAAAAUAUAUUAAUGAAAAUGCAAGACUUGUAAGCACCUCCUGGAUAGAGCUCUACAAUGCUUUCCCCUCUUUAAUACAUUAUCUCCCAGGAAGUCAUAACACAAUAUUUAGAAACAUGAUUGAGCAAAGAAAGUUCAUUUUCGAGAACAUAAAGAAACACCAAAAAUCCCUUGACCUCAGUAACCCUCAAGACUUUAUUGAUUACUUCCUGAUUAAAAUGGAAAAGGAAAAGCACAAUAAGCAGUCUGAAUUUACCAUGGACAGCUUGAUCACUACCAUUUGGGAUGUAUUUACUGCUGGAACAGAGACAACAAGCAUGACUUUGAGAUAUGGACUCCUGCUCCUGCUGAAGCACCCAGAGGUCACAGCUAAGGUCCAGGAAGAGAUUGACUGUGUGAUUGGCAGACACCGGAGCCCCUGCAUGCAGGACAGGAGCCGCAUGCCCUACACGGAUGCCGUGGUGCACGAGAUCCAGAGAUACAUCGACCUGGUGCCCAGCAACCUGCCCCAUGCAACAACUCAGGACGUUAAAUUCAGAGAAUACAUUAUUCCCAAGGGCACAGCCAUAGUAACAUCUCUGACUUCUGUUCUGUAUGAUGGCAAAGAGUUUCCCAAUCCAGAGCAGUUUGACCCUGGUCACUUCCUGGAUGAAAGAGGCAACUUUAAGAAGAGUGACUACUUCAUGACUUUUUCAGCAGGAAAAAGAGUUUGUGUUGGAGAAGGCCUGGCCCGCAUGGAGGUGUUUUUAUUCCUGGUCAGCAUUUUACAGCAUUUUACUUUGAAAUCUCUGGUUGAUCCAAAAGACAUUGACACUACCCCAGCCCUCAAAGGGAUAGGCUCUAUACCACCGUUCUAUGAGGUCCGUUUCAUUCCAGUCUGAACAAAGGCCAGCUAGAUGCAUGCUAUCCUGUGUUAGCUAUUACUCUGCUCUCCCUUAACAUCAGGAAAGACAUUCCUGAGCCCUGCCUCUUCUAAUUUUCUUUAAGAUUCGGUUCAAAUUUCCCUGCAUGAAAUACAGCUCAUUGUGUCAUUGUCAGUAAAAUUGUGUCUUACAAUUUUGAGGUCUUAAUCUACAUCUCAUCUACGGUGUAUACUGAAUGAAAGAUAUCUUAUAAAUGUCAUAUUUUGUUUUAUGAAAGUUAAAAUUGCAAAUUAUCUCAUGCAUUAAAAUAUUUAAUAAUAUAUAAAAUGUACUCAUCUCUUAUUCCUAUUUAGCUCUCCAGGGGAAUGCUCCCUUGACACUUCGGCAUGUAUAAUUGCUGUUUCUUCCCAGUGUUUAUUAAAAUGUAACUAUGUG